UGUUUCUCCACCACUAAUUGAUAGUUGCGCUUGAGCCAUUUUAGUUUGUUUGGAAUUGAAAAGUAUUGAAUUAAAAUCAACAAUAGCGACAGUUUGUAUGUGAUAAAUUGACUAACAAUGUCAACAGCGAGCAAGUGCAGUAAGUGCCAAAAAGAGACGACAAGCACAGCAUUGGAUACUGGGCUUUGCGUGGACUGCUCGCCAGCCCUGGCAGCGUCGCCAACUGCAGCCCUGGGCGCGUCACCUGAAGAAGAUGCUGUAAAAAUGGAGAUUGACACAGACCUGACAACCAACGAGACGAUGGACGAUAUCGACGACCAGGAGAAGUCCACAACAGAGGUGAAGGAGGAACAACAACAACAACAGCAGGCACAGCAAAUCAUAUCCAAGGCAAAGUCCGAGGAUGAGCAGGCUGCCAACAAAGCAGCGACUUCCAUGGACGUGGAGAGCGAGGCGGAAACCAAGCCCACGCCCUCACCCCGCGUCGGCAAGAUCACACGCAGCAGCCUAAAUGGCCAACGUUCGCCGACAGUAAUGAAGCGUCUGCGAAAGAGCACGCGGAGCACACGCUUCAAGGCGAAACUAACGGGCCGCGGCAGCAAUGCGGCCGCUGGCAACGCCGCCAAUGGACACAAUGGUCAGUCAACGGGUGGUGGAGCAACUGGCUCCAUGGCUGGCAACGUAGCCGGCGGCGGCGGUUCGGGCAAGGCACAAAACAAUGCACGGAGUCGAAGGACGCUGUUCAAGAGGCCGGCACAGAAGACACCGCGGAUGCAGGCGGCGACGCGGUUCGUGAAGAGCGUGUUCUACAAGGGAAGCUACAUGCAGAUUGGCGACAUCGUGAGCAUCGUGGACAGUGAGCAGAAGGUGUACUAUGCCCAGAUUCGUGGCCUGCUCGUGGAUGCGUACUGCGAGAAGUCGGCGUUCCUCACCUGGCUGAUACCCACACAGGACAGUCCCGAUCCCAAGGAGGGUUUCGAUCCCGCCACCUACUUGAUAGGUCCCGAUGAGCAGCUGUCACGCAAGCUGUGCUUCCUGGAGUUCAUCAUGCAUGCGCCGAGCAACUAUUAUUUCGAUCGCACGACGCCAUUCCCGCUGCCCGAUGUCGAUGACUACACCACGCAUCGCACUGGCGGAUUCAUCUGGACGCGGUUGCCCGUGGUGAAGCGGGAGAGGGAAAGGGAGCGGGAAAAGGAGAGAGAAAAGGAGCGGGAGCGCAAGGCGGCCGCAUAGCAAAGAGCCAGCUGACGUCGUCUUCCAAGCAGGCUUUAAUUUAUUUUAAUUCUUUUUUUUUGUGUGUCAAACUCAUUUAGAUUAAAAGCAGCACAAGAUGU